CCCCGACCCCGCCGCGGUUGCCUAGGCGACGAGGGGCCGCAGGGCUGAGGCGGGAUCAUGGCGACGUUUGUGGGGACGACACCCGGGGGAACGACUCCCGCAGGAGUGACUCCGGCGGGAACCACACCCGAGUCGGAGAAAGAUGCUGAAUUCCAGGAGCAUGAAAAGAUUCUGUCUCCAGAUUUUCUUUCAGUUGCCCAGAUCAUUGAAAUACUAGCAGAGGAUGUAGAUGGAGUUCAACAGAAACUAGAAAAGUUUUUGAAUUUCAAAAAUCUUCAAACCUGUUUAAAGGAAGCCAGUCUACUAGAUUAUUAUGUAUCUGGAUUUUUGUGGGCAAAAGGAAUGGACUUUUCUGUUAUUCAAUAUUCAAAAUUUAUGACUUUACUAGAUAUGCUACUUCAUAAUCUUAGAACACUGCAUAUGUCCUUAGAAGACAGCAUAAAAUGGCUUGGAGAAGUUAUGGCUGAAAUAGGACCAUCACACAAAAAUGAAAAAUGGAAUAUCUUUGAUGUGAAACAAGCCAAUGCUAUUGUUGAUUACUUGAAAAUCAGCUUAUUUCAACACUACAAGCUGUAUGAGUUUCUGUUCUUCUCUGCCAGGGAAGAAAUUGUGAUAGCAACUGAGCAAUUGAUAGAGGUUGUGAAUCCAGCAGAUCACCCUUUCCCUGAUCCUCUAGAAGAAGGAAUCUCAUUUGAUAUUUACUCAACAUUCAUAGAGCCACCUCCACCAUUGGAUAUGGAAAUAAAGGGGUUGAAUCAAGAACAAGGCCCUGAAGAGUCCCAGCCAGAAGCCGAUACUUCAGAAACUGAUCUGUUAGUUGGUUUCACCAUUGAAGAGAUAAAAUCGGUGCUGGACCAAGUCACAGAUGACAUUUUAAUCAGCAUUCAGACUGAGAUAAAUGAAAAGCUGCAAAUGCAGGAAGAGGCCUUUAAUGCACGAAUAGAAAAAUUGAAAAAGGCCUGAGGACUCCGAACCGGGAGAGUGAUACUAAAACUUCACAAAACAAACAAAACCGGCUGGAUUCAUAGACUCUCUAGAGCACCAGAUCUCCUUCAUUUAGUUGAGCAAGGAAAACCAAGCCCCACUUCUUAUUAUCCUAACUAAUUAGAAAAGUAUUGGCCCCAAUUUCUCUAUCUCCUGUCCCAUAACAACCUCUGAAUUUAUUGCACUGUGUGUAAUAAGAACAUUUUUACAUAAGAGUUUGGAGAACCAUAUAUAAAAAUACAAUUACUUUUAUAAUACUCCUUUGACAUUUUGACUAGUAAAGUUAUUCAUCUUCAAGGAGAAUGAAGUCAACAUUUUAAAAUAGAGAAGAAGAAUAGUGAUUUUAUCCAUAUUGACCCACAUGAACUCUGCCACAUUGCUGAAGCCUUGUGAACACAGACCACCACCACACUGCUGAGGGUAAAAUUUGCUAAACAAUAGCAAUUCAAAUGCAUGUACUAGGGUUUUUUUUUUUUUUUUCUCCUUAAAUCAGUUGGUUUUCUUAUUUAAAUGUUUCAGUGUGAAACCAAUUUUCUGAAAUUAUAUAAUGCAGUUUGAAGCACUUUAAUUUAUUCUGUACUGUAUUUGUUAUUUCUAAUCUUGUUACUCUCCCGGGAGAAUACAUGACCUAUAUAAAAAGAAGCAAUGUAUAAAUGGUUAUUAAAGACCAACCUAUAUAUAGAUUGUAAAAAUCUUAAAUACAAAUCAAACUCACAGAGCUCUUAAAAUUAACCAUUAUAUUGCAGUAGAAUGAUUGAAAACAUCUCAAGCCUUUAAAUACCAUUAUUAAAAAUAUAAUUUCAAAAGUAAAUAUCCAUUUGCCAACUGAUUGUCCCUAGUUUGGCAAAUUAAAUUGACUACUACCUCAGCCCUUUCCCAAUUUCUGAGACUUCAGAGUGUUCUAGAAUGUAGAGCAUUGCAAGGAGGGGACCAUUUCUUCAAGAAGUUUCCAGUUUAUAUUGGAACCAAAUGUACUUGCAUCUGGGUGGCGCUUGGUUGAAUAUGUUCUGUCCGUGCUCUGAGCUUGGGCUAUAACCUUGCUUACUGCAUCAGUACCAAGGGGACUGCCCAAAAUAUAUUCAUUUAGGGCAGAGACAGAUCUGGAAGCAUUUGGUUUUUUUAACUACACUGAUCAGCAAAGUAAGAGAAGUCCCUAAGAUGAAACUGUGUUUUAUUGUUCAUGCAGUUCUGAGUCUGGAAGGCCUGAAUGAGCUAAGGUUUCUUGAGCUGUCCUUCCUAACUGAAAAUGCUGAUGGCCAUCAGAGAUCACUAGAAAGGCUCACAAGUCUUAAUUUCAUCAAUCCGUCUUUUUUCCAGGGAAAACAGAGGUGAAACUAGAGAAACCACAAGUAGGAAAUAAAGGAGCUUCUUAAAAUACCCGUACAGCUUCAAAUGCAACCAUUGGCACAACAGUGGACCUCCAUUUCUAAUAAAGAAUGCUGAUUUUGAGCAAAGGUACAAAGAGUUCAAAACUGAAUAAAAAAUAAGCAGUUGGAUCCCUAAAAAAAAACUACACAAAAACAAUACGCUAUAUGAACGCUGAAAGCCUGCCUCUGGAGUGACUCCCAGGGUCUGAUGUGUGACUUUGGACAGGCUGCUCACCCUCUAAUUGGUCAUCUGUUAAGUGAAGAUAAUACUUAUUUUUUGCGGUUGUUCUGAUAACUCAAUAAAUUCACAUU